AUGAAUUUGUUCAAGGCUCAGUCCCUCAUUCUAGCUAUUUCGUCCCUCGUUUGGGUGGCUGCUGCCAACACUCUGGCUUGCGAGACCGAGUACACUUCAGGCCUACCCUCUGCCAAUUUUACCCCCAGCAUCUACGCUCGCUUUUGUGCCGAAGUCGACAAGUAUGAGGGGCGCCAAUCCGUGUCCUGGAUAGUCGACAUGACUGGACAAAUGCUCGUCGACAAGCUCUCGCAGAAUCCAGCUGCUUCUCCGUCUGUUGACACUGAUUCGCCUUUCUUGGGGUACACCAUUGAUCUCGACUACAACCCAACAAACAAGGGCGUGGCAUGUGAGCUGCCAACUGCUUGCGCCGCGAAUUUCGAGGCUCUGAGAUCUCGCUGUACACGGAGCGGAUCCGAGACGAACCUCAUGACGUACAAAGGUUCGCAAGGCUCCGGCUGCGGAAUCUUCACCUACUACAUCACACCUCCAAGGCGCGGCGACGGGGAGCGGCGCUGCUACCCCCUCAACUGUUUCGGCUCACACCACAUGAGGGUACAGGAAUGGGUGUUGGAUCGCCUGCUUCGCACGAAAAUCUGCACGGCAAACCGACCUCGAGUUAUCGCCAAUGAAAAGUCAACAUGGUUGCAGGAUGAGCAAAUUUGGAUCAAUUCCGUUCCCUACGUUUUCGGUGUCUAUUGGCUUGACGGCUGCUACCAGAAGCAGAUGGACGUCGACUUCAAUUUCCCCAUCGAUGAGAACAAGGAUAUCAACUGCUACCACCUGCUUUGGGAUGACUACGCAAAAUGUCUAUCAAAUGACGGGAUUGGCGGCAACAUAACUAUUGGCUGUGUUGUAUACGAGUACAAGACCAUAGACCAGGGAUAG